AGGGAAUAAAGUAACACCAGAAGGGAAGUGGGUUAUGAUCCUUGUUCGUAUCUUUCUACUGUAGUUUAUCAUGGAAAGAUGGCAUUCCAUUUCCUUGGACUGAUAAAGCUUUAGUUAUCUUCGAAACUAGUUUCUUUAUCAACUCCUCCUUACCCUUGACAACAUUUCUCAGCUCUUUGUGUUUUGAACAUACCUCAAUCCUCUGGUGUAACUUUGAUAACUUUGUGACCUUUGAGCCUUUCACAGUCUUGGAUAACUUGGAGGAUAUGGGGAGGACGAUUCAUCUUUCUGGGUUCCCUUCUCAUGUGACUGCAGAAGAGGUUAAACAUGUGACUGCAGAAGAGGUUAAGACAUUUCUAGAGGGUCACACCGGCAUUGGAACUGUUUAUGCACUAAAAAUCAGGCCAGUCAAGAAACAAAGAUCAGAUAAUAAGGCAUUUGCUUAUGCUGUUGUGCAAUUUACAACUGAUAAGAGUGCUGAACUUAUAACCUCGUUAGUCAAUGGGCGCCUGAAGUAUGGGGGUUCUUUCCUAAAGGUUUGGGAUGUGAAACGCAACAUAGUACUCGAGCAAAGGCCCUCAAUUCUCACUUUGGAGCGCACGAGACUGCAUUUUGGCUGUCUAGUUUCAGGUGACCAGUUCUCUGUUCUCUAUGCAGGGAAGAAUGUUGUGGUGAACUUUGGCUUUGAACUGCUGAAAAUAUACUUCUUCCUGUCUUAUGCCGGCGUUGAAUAUAAGCUUGAACUCUCUUAUGUGGACAUCCGGAAAAUCCAGCUUCGUUGUCCAAAUCGUCGACCCAGAUACAAGUUUCUCCUAAUUCAGGUGCUUGGUGUUCCUCGGAUCUAUAAGAAACCUAUAGGCUCUUCAGGGCUUAUGUAUGAUCCCAUUUUGAACUAUUUUAAGGAUGCUUUAGAUGAUCUGUGGGAUAGAACAACAGAUUUCACUCACUCAUGCUGUAUUGGACAAUCUUCUGCCAUGUGUUUGGAGCUUCCAUACAACUGUGCACUUCCAGAUUUAAAAAAAUAUUUUGUCGACUAUGAAGAAGAUAAAGGUCAGUUCAUCUUGAAGACUGGAUCAUCAUUUUCCAAUAAUUUGGAUCUAGUCCCUAUGGUUGGCCCUCCUGAUAUUCCUGACUUUCACAGAUUCCCAUUUGAAAUUCUGUUUAAGGUGUGUUCAUUGGUUCAGAAUGGGUGCCUUGUGGGGCCAACACUUGAUGCUAAUUUUUUCCAGUUGGUUCAUCCUUCUUUUGUCCCAAUUAACUACAUAGAGCAUGCUUUGGAGAAGCUGUAUCAUUUAAAAGAAUGCUGCUAUGAACCUGUUGGGUGGCUCCGUGAGCAAUAUGGAAGAUACCACAGAUCCGAUCUUACUCCUAGUUCCCCGACUAUUUCCUUAAAUGCGGGCUUGGUAUAUGUUCGCAGGGUUCAAAUAACCCCUAGUAAAGUGUACUUUUGGGGUCCAGAACCUAAUGUUUCGAAUCAUGUGCUACGCAACUACCCUAACUACAUUGAUAAUUUUAUUCGUGUUUCUUUUGUUGAUGAGAAUUUGGAUAAAAUGCGUUCAACAGAUUUAUCUCCACGUACAUUUUUUGGCAGCGAAGAAAGGCAUACUGGAAUUUAUAAAAGGAUACUUUCUACUUUAAGAAAUGGCAUAGUUAUUGGAGAAAAGCGGUUUGAUUUUCUUGCCUUCUCAUCAAGUCAGUUGCGUGGUAGUACUUCUACAUGGAUGUUUGCAAAAACAGAUGAUGGGCUUACGGCAGCAGGGAUCAGAGAUUGGAUGGGUGAUUUUUGUAAAAUAAGAAAUGUGGCAAAAUAUGCUGCAAGAUUGGGUCAAUCUUUCAGUUCUUCCAAAGAAACUCUUAAAAUUUAUAAGCAUGAAGUUGAAAUUAUCCCUGAUAUAGAGCUGGAAACAGGGCAGAUGAAGUAUGUUUUCUCAGAUGGUAUCGGUAAAAUUUCUGCAGAUUUUGCAAGGAAAGUUGCAAUGAAGUGUGACUUAAAAAGUUCUAUUCCAUCUGCCUUUCAAAUAAGAUAUGGUGGCUACAAGGGUGUUGUGGCUGUAGAUCCUACAUCAGCAGUUAAAUUGUCCUUGAGAAAGAGCAUGUGUAAGUAUGAAUCAGAGAACACAAAACUAGAUGUUCUGGCAUGGACCAAGUAUCAUCCUUGUUUCCUCAAUCGUGAGCUAAUCACUCUUUUGUCAACACUUGGAGUAAAAGAUCAUAUUUUCCAAGAGAAGCAAAGGCAGGCUGUGGAUGAACUGGAUGCUGUUCUAACCAAUCCAUUAAGGGCACAGGAAGUGCUUGAGCUGAUAUUUCCAGGUGCAAACAGUAAUGUUCUGAAGGAAAUGUUGAUGUGUGGCUAUAAGCCUAGUGCUGAACCAUUCCUGUCGAUGAUGUUGCAAGCAAUCCGAGCAGUAAGGCUUCAAGAACUGCGAACAAAAACAAGGAUAUUUGUUCAAUAUGGAAGAUCAUUGAUGGGAUGUCUUGACGAAACUCGAACCUUGGAAUAUGGGCAAGUAUUUGUCCAAGUUUCUAGCACGGGGCAUAAACAGUUUCAUGAUAAUUCCCUUUUUAUGUUUGGCGGAAAUGAAUUGGACCAGCAAAAAUUUAUUGUCAAGGGAGAGGUAGUUGUUGCUAAAAACCCAUGCUUGCAUCCUGGUGAUGUGCUUGUUUUGCAUGCCAUUGAUGUCCCAGCAUUGCACCAUAUGGUGGAUUGCAUUGUUUUCCCACAAAAAGGAGCAAGACCACACCCAGAUGAAUGUUCAGGGAGUGAUUUAGAUGGAGAUGUAUAUUUUGUAAGUUGGGACCCUGCACUUAUUCCUCCUCAUCAAAUUCCACCCAUGGAAUAUCUUGCAGCACCACCUACUUCCCAGGACCAUGACGUUACAAUUGAGGAAGUUGAAGAAUACUUCACAAACUCUAUUUUGAAUGAAAGCCUUGGAAAAAUUGCAAAUGCUCACAAAGUGUUUGCUGAUAAGGAACCAAACAAGGCAGAGAACAAGAAAUGUAUAGAGCUUGCAAGGCUACACUCAAUUGCGGUCGAUUUCCCAAAGACUGGUGUACCAGCAGAAAUUCCAGCUCAUCUACGUAUCAAGGAAUAUCCAGAUUUCAUGGAAAAACUUGACAAACCAACCUAUGAAUCUCCGGGAGUGAUUGGAAAACUCUUCAGAGACAUAAAAGACACAUCAGCACACACAUCCUUCGUAAGAUUUACUCGUGAGGUGGCAAUGAGUUCUUAUGACCCCGACAUGGAGGUUGAUGGCUUUAAGGAUUACAUCCAUGAUGCUUACCACUACAAAGGUGAGUAUGAUUCUAAGUUGGGAAACUUGAUGGAUUAUUAUGGGAUCAAAACUGAAGCAGAGAUCCUCAGUGGGAGUAUAACAAAGAUGGCCAAACCAUUCAUGAAGAAAUGGGAUGCAGAGCCAAUCAGAUUAGCAGUUAAGUCUUUAAAGGAGGAGGCAAGGAGAUGGUUUGAUGAGGGACUUGGGCCAGAUUCAUCUCCUGAUAAGGUAUAUGCUAAGGCAUCAGCUUGGUAUCAUGUAACAUAUCAUCCUGAUUUUUGGGGAAGCUACACUGAGGGAAAGAAUAGGGAUCAUUUCCUUAGUUUUCCAUGGUGCAUCUAUGACAAGUUGAUAAAGGUAAAGAAGGAGAAGCAGCACCAGGACACCUCAUUUAUCGUCGGGGGAACGUCAAUUGGCAGAUGGCUUCAAGCUCAGUUGGUUCGCUUAAUUAAAUUCUGAUGUUGCUUAUGUUGCUUAUGUUGCUUAUGUUGCUUAUGUUGUUGUAUGUUUUGUUUGGAGAAAACCAUUUAGAUUUGUAAGAAGUUGGGGCCUGAGAGAAACGCUGAAUGUGAUGUAAAUAGGGAGGCUUGAUCAAACUGCUGAAUAUGGAGAUUUUUAGUUGCUGAUACUAAUAUAAAUGUUUGAAUACCA